GUUAUUUGCGCAUGUGGGCGUCGUCGCCGAUGUUCAACUUUGACCCGCAUGACGACCUAUUCCUUCACCUUCAUGCUGGUCCGGCUAAUCUCCCCCUUGAUUUAUCUUAUUGAUAUAUGUGGAUCUACUAGGCUGUUGUACUAUCACGACAUAUACGGCACUGCGAAUCUUGGAUAUAACUACGCCGACACAUGGGCAACAGACGACAUGCAUCGCCGAAGGUAGUAGCCGAAGGGAGGAACAUGGAUUUGGAAACGGAGCUUCAAUCGCAUGCCGCCCAUGCGUCCCAGUUGCAAGCGCGGUUGCUAACCACCCUCGACAAGACGGACGCUCUCCGAGCGACACACAUCCAGGAGCUCGCCGCAGAGCGACGCGCCGUCAAUAUUCUGUCGCACAAGCUGGAUAGGUGCCGGAAGUACAUCAAGGAGGCACGCGCAGAGUGGGAUGAUACGCGCGAGGCGUUGUCGAUCGUAAUCGAGAAAGUCGAACUUGCCAAUGAUUACUCAUUAUGGCCGCACAGUCAGAUGUGCAUGACAGCACCCCUCGAACCGCUGAGCUACCCAAAAGCAUCGUCUUCCGGCGCACCGCUGAGCGAACAUCCCAUCCAUCCCUUCGCAAAAGCGAUCGUCGCUUCGCUCAGAGAAGAGCUCGAGCAGGAGCGCAAUGCGCACGCGCAGACCCGAGCACGCGCAGAAGCUGAGAUCUUGUCGUUGAAUGCCCGUCUCGCGCGGCGCGACGCCGAGUUGGAGGCGAAGAUCCUGCGAACGGCCGAUUCACAUCUUUCCUCGCAGGCAACCAGAGAAUUGUCUCCUCUGAUUGGACCACGGCAUUCGUUGCAACGAAAUUUUGGGAACUCAGCUCCAGCACCCCCAUUGUUUUCUCAAGAGGCAGCCAUCCAAAUCCUGGACCUCGCUGCUGCGCGGAAUCGCGAACUGGAGGCGGAAGUGCACCAUCUGCUUGAGCGGCGAGACCAUGCACGUCAGUCUGAGCAUGCACACCCUGCCCGCACCCAUACCGGCGACACAGACAAGAGGAAAUACGCAGAGUCAAAUGUCUCGGACGCAUUGCCAGAAUACAGGCGCGAGGAUCACGAUGGCGUCUUGACACCCAUCUCGGGGCCUCAUGCCAUGCAGUUAGACACCCAGAAUACCCCUGUUGUGCACCACCGCGAACCCUUGCCCCAUCAUAUACCAACACAUGGCCUCGCACCACCACACAGCAAGCUAGGUUCACAAGGCUCGUCGGCCGAAUCUGUCACCCUCGUGCCUCCGUCAACGGCGAUACAGCAAUUACAACAGCUAGUUGGUAUAUUUGCCGCGCAACUCGAUGGGUUCUCAGCUGAGCGAGACGUACUCAAAGGCGCGCUGGCGGCCGAGCAUCAGGAUGUGCGUACAGAACCACGAGAGGAGGCCGGUCCCUCACAUGCGCUGGAUGUGGAUGAUGAAGGCCUGCGUUUGCAGGGAAUUGUGGAGCGCUUGACUCAUGAACUCAGCGCCGUCCGCGAGUCGAGUCAAACGCGCGAAGCGCAUCUUCAAGGGCAGAUCGCCGAACUUCGUCUCGAGGUCUCGAGAAUGGGGUCUCGGGAGUCGACCACUGCGCUGAUAGAUCCCGACGAAACUGCUCGAGUCGACGCACCAACAAAGAUUGCCAAAGCUGGUUAUGGCCAGGCUGCUCGCUCUCCUCGGAAACCUCCAGACGUCCCGGACGAUGGCGGUGACGAAUGUUCAAUGGAGCUUGCGACACCGCUCCAGCCUACAAUCCUCUCCGUACGCGAAGACAUCACCGGACUAGGAUCUGCAGUGCUGAACCCUCUUCCUCCUCCCCUUAUCCCGCUUCCGCUGUCGCCCGACAGCCCACGUCCUCCCUCAAGCUCUCAGCCUAGAGUCCCCGAACGACUGUUGCCCUCCAUAGAUCUAUUGCCACCUCUCCGAGAUCCUCCACUUUGGUGGCCACAUCCGCGUUCCCCCCGAGCUAACGUUGAGGAUCCACAUCCUGGGCUCGAUGCUGCGCUUAGAUUGGGUAUUAUUGAGCGCGAACUCGCUCUAGCGCGACAGGAACUCGAGGCCAAGGACGCGGAGCUGAGCGAACUGCGUGACAUCGUAGGGCAACUGCGCGAGGUCGCGUACUCGGGAGAGUCUGAAGACGAGCAGGACGAGGCUGCGGACUUGGAGGGUUGGGCUCGAUGAGGCUUGGUCUGCUGUGAGCCCCUGUGGUGAUAAUUGCUUGCUAAUGUACAGUCCUCGAAUGAUCGUCAAUUGGAAAGUUUCCAGUCAUGCGUAUCUAGCGCAGCUGGUAGAUGCGAUCGAGACGUCAUAUAUUCA